ACCUGGGAUGCUCCAUAAUGAGGCCGGGACCCCCAUGGGAUCACUGGGAUUUGGGUGGACAUCGCGCUGUCCCCUCAUGUCCCCCACUGUCACCAGAUGUGGUGUGUGUGGGGUGAGGAGUGUCCUCGUGUCCCCACUGGAGUUCCCCUGUCCCCAGUGAGGUCUCUCUGUCCCCAGUGGUUCUCAUUGACCUUACUGGUGUCUUUCUGUCCCCAGUAGGGUCUCACUGUCCCCAGUGGGGUCUCCCUCUCCUCACUGGUGUCCCCUUGCCCCCAGUGGAGUCUCACUGUCCCCAGUAGGGUCUUAUUGUCCCCAGUAGGGUCUCACUGUCCCCAGUGGGGUCUCCCUCUCCUCACUGGUGUCCCCUUGCCCCCAGUGGGGUCUCACUGUCCCCAGUAGGGUCUUACUGUCCCAAGUGGGGUCUCCCUCUCCUCACUGGUGUCCCUUCACCCUCUACUCAUGUCUCACUGUCCCCAGUGGGGUCUCACUGUCCCCAGUGGGGCUUCCCUUUCCUUACUGGUGUCCCCUUGCCCCCACUGGUGUCUCUCUUCCCCAAUAGGGUCUCAUUGUCCCCAGUGGGGUCUCCCUCUCCUCACUGGAGUCCCUUCACCCUCUACUGAUGCCUCACUGUCCCCAGGAGGGUCUCACUGUCCUCAAUGGGGUCUCCCUCUCCUCACUGGUGUCCCCUUGCCCAUACUGGGGUCUCACUGUCCCCAGUAGGAUCUCACUGUCCCCAGUGGGGUCUCUCCAUCCCCAGUAGCUCCCACUGUCCUCACUGGUGUCCCUUUGCCCCCUACUGGUAUCUCCCUGUCCCCACUGGGAUCUCCCUAUCUUCACUGGUGUCCCCUUGCCCCCACUGGUGUGUCCCUGUCCCCAGUAGGGUCUCAUUGUCCCCAGUGGGGUCUCCCCGUCUCCAAUGGGUCCUUCUGUCCCCAGUGGUAUCUCGUCAUCACGGGCAUCCCCUCGGCCCCACUGGGGUCUCUCUGUCCCCACUGAGGUCUCUGUCCCCAUUGGGGUCUCUCUGCCCCCAGUGCUUCCCCUGUCCAAAUGAGGUCUCUCCCCACCGUUAUCUCACUGCCCCCAACGGGUCUCCCAGUCCACAGUCAGUUCUCCUCGCCCCUUCUGGGGUCUCAUUCUCCCUAACGGGUUUCUCCUUGUCCCCACUGGUGUCUCCCCAUCCCCCCGCCCCAGAUGUGGUGUACGUGGGCACAGUGAACCCGCAGCACCUGCCAGACACCCUCCUCUUCCUGCGGGCGCGCAAGGCUGUGCUGGUGGAGAAGCCAAUGGGCAUCAGCGCCCGCGAGGCCAAGGAGAUGGCAGCAGCUGCACGGGAGGCUGGCGUCUUCCUGAUGGAGGGCUUCUGGACCCGUUUCUUCCCAGCCUGGAAGCGGCUGAAGGCACUGGUGGAUGAAGGGGCCUUGGGGGAAUGCCGGGUGCUGCAGGGGGCCCUGGCUUUCCCCCUGAGGUCUGUGGAGCGGGUGCGGGAACCCAGCCUGGCUGGGGGGGCCCUCCUGGACCUGGGGGGCUAUGGGCUGCAGAUCGGCCAGCGCCUUGUUGGGGAGGGGGUGCCCACCCCUACGGCUACGGGCAGAGGGCUGCCUGCACCCCUCAGGUAAGGGAGGGGUCCUGUG